AUGGAUCAUCAAAAAGCAGCAGUUGCUCAUGAGCUACACAGUCUUGCUCGAAGAAAUUAUACGGGUCGUCAUGUUGAUAUUAGAGGAUUGGAUGAAACUUGGCAGGCGGAUCUUGUUGAUAUGCAAGCAUCUGUUAAUCGCAACUAUAAAUAUUUGCUCACAAUUAUUGAUGUAUUUUCGAAAUUUGCAUGGGCUAUAACAAUGAAAUCAAAAACUGGAAAAGAUGUAACAGCAGCCAUAAAAUCUGUUUUAGAAAAAGAACGAAUUCUAAAAAAUUUAUAUGUCGAUCAAGGAAAAGAAUUUUACAACAAGGAAUUUGAAGCUCUCAUGCGAAAAUAUAAAAUAAACAUGUAUUCAACAUAUAGUAAUCUCAAAGCAUCAAUUGUCGAACGUUUCAAUAGAACACUAAGGAAUAAAAUGUGGGAAAAAUUUACUUAUCAAGGAUCCUACAAGUGUUAUACACCAAACUUUACAACGGAAGUUUUUACAAUCAAGGAAGUGAAAAAUACGGAUCCAGUCACAUAUAAACUCAUCGAUUAUGAAGACCAUCCAAUUGAAGGAGGAUUCUAUGAAGAAGAAUUAACAAAAGUUAAAUAUCCUGAUAUUUAUUUGAUUGAAAAGAUAGUGAAAAAACGUGGCGAUAAAUUGUAUGUGAAAUGGUUAGGAUUUGAUGACACACACAAUAGUUAG